CCGGAGAGUUCACCAUCAUCGAAGAGGGGUAGAAAUGUCAUGCAUUGUUUAUUUUGCGUGCCGUGUCGCUACGUAUACUCAGCACUCGCAGGAUGUGCAUUAAAAAAUCUAUUGAAUUUGCAUCAGCUUGACUGUAGACACUGGAGAGCGGACGGUCGCACCUGAUACAAAGACAAAUAACAAAGACUGAGACAAUCCGAGCUGCUGUUAAACGUCGAAAAUAUCUUCAGACAUCACUAUGAUUCACCAGAAUAUACUACUUCUGCAUUUCAAUGACUAUAUUGGUCGUCCUUAGGCGUAAAUGUCAUUGUCAUCCUUUAUGUAAGGCGUGUUUAUAAUAUUAUUUUGGUAACAUGAGGCGCGCGCGCGUGUCUUAAGGAGAUCCGGGUGAUUAUAUAUAACGUUGCACGCGCAUAUUCGAAUAUAAAUCGAUCUGUUCCAAACAUCAGAUAUUAUAUCGCACAUAUAGCCUGUAACUGCGAUUUACAGCCAUUACUGUCCUACAAAACGUCCGUAUUACACUGGAUACGAGAUUUCACGCUUGGAUAAGUGAAACUAACUCCAUACUGAACCGCAUAUAUAUGAGUUUUUUGGAUGUCCUCUUAAGGAAAUCGAGGUGAAGAUGUGGAUCAACCCGGAGGAGGUGUUGUUGGCCAGUGCGUUGUGGAUGACAGAACGCGCGAAUCCGUAUUUCAUCCUGCAGAAGAGAAAGGGCCAUGGAGACGGAGGAGGCGGUCUCGCGGGUCUGCUGGUUGGAACCCUUGAUGUUGUGUUGGACUCCAGCGCUCGUGUGGCCCCGUACCGGAUCCUCUACCAGACUCCUGAUUCACUGAUUUACUGGACCAUUGCCCACGGGAGCUCUCGUAAGGAGAUCACUGAGAACUGGGAGUGGCUUGAGCAGAACCUUCUGCAAACGCUCUCCAUUUUUGAGAAUGAAAAUGACAUCACCACGUUCGUCAAGGGAAAAAUCCAGGGCAUUAUAGCUGAAUAUAACAAAAGCCAUGAUAUCAAAGAAGAUGACGACACUGAUAAGUUCAAGGAGGCCAUUGCUAAGUUCCGUAAACUCUUCGGCAUGCCAGAGGAGGAGAAGCUGGUGAAUUAUUACUCCUGCAGCUACUGGAAGGGGAAGGUGCCACGGCAGGGCUGGCUGUACCUCAGCAUCAAUCACCUGUGCUUUUACUCAUACCUGCUCGGAAAAGAGGCUAAGCUAGUGAUCCGCUGGGCUGACAUCACACAGCUGGAGAAGAACGCCACGCUACUGCUGCCGGACAUGGUGCGUGUCAGCACACGUUGCAGCGAGCACAUGUUCUCUGUCUUUUUGAACAUCAAUGAGACAUUCAAGUUAAUGGAGCAGCUCGCCAACAUCGCCAUGAGACAACUGCUGGACAACAAGGGCUUUGAGCAGGACCGCUCUCUGCCCAAACUCAAGAAGAAAUCACCCAAGAAAGUGUCAGCCCUUAAAAGGGACUUGGAUGCCCGGGCUAAAAGCGAGCGAUACCGGGCACUGUUCCGUCUGCCCAAAGACGAGAAACUGGAUGGCCACACAGACUGCACACUGUGGACCCCCUUCAACAAGAUGCACAUUCACGGACAGAUGUUUGUCUCCACCAAUUACAUCUGCUUCACCAGUAAAGAGGAGACCAUCUGCAGUCUGAUUAUCCCUCUUCGAGAGGUGACCAUCGUUGAGAAAGCUGAUAGCUCCAACGUUCUUCCCAGCCCCUUGUCAAUCAGCACCAAAAACAAAAUGACUUUCCUCUUUGCCAAUCUCAAAGACCGGGACUUCCUGGUGCAGCGGAUCUCUGACUUCCUUCAGCAGACCACUUCCAAAAUCUACUGUGAGUGGGAAAUCACAGGCAGCCUCAGCAGCUCAGACGAUGAGGUGUACUCGCAGCAGGGCAGUAUUUUGUCCUGUAGUCCUCAGUGUAGUGCCGUUGGCUCAGAGGGAGAGAGUGAGAGACAGUUUAAUCUCAAUGAUAACAGCGUUCCCACGGCAACACAAGCACUGAUGACCAUGUACCGCCGCCGAUCCCCAGAGGAAUUCAACCCCAAACUGGCUAAAGAGUUUCUGAAGGAGCAGGCGUGGAAGAAUCACUUUGCCGAGUACGGUCAGGGAGUGUGUAUGUACCGUACGGAGAAGACCAAAGACCUGGUGCUGCAGGGCAUCCCGGAGAACAUGAGAGGAGAACUCUGGCUCCUGUUUUCUGGGGCGAUUAACGAGAUGGCGACUCAUCAUGGUUAUUACGAGGAUCUGGUGGAGAAGUCGAUGGGGAAAUAUAAUCUGGCCACAGAGGAGAUCGAGAGAGACUUACACCGGUCUUUGCCUGAACAUCCAGCCUUUCAAAAUGAGAUGGGCAUUGCCGCUUUGCGUAGAGUCCUCACUGCCUACGCCUUUCGCAACCCCAAUAUUGGCUACUGCCAGGCCAUGAACAUAGUGACCUCGGUACUGUUGUUGUACGCUAAAGAGGAAGAGGCCUUUUGGCUGCUGGUAGCGUUAUGUGAGCGGAUGCUGCCAGACUACUACAACACCAGAGUUGUUGGUGCUCUGGUGGAUCAGGGUGUGUUUGAAGAGCUGGCCAAUGUGCACGUGCCUCAGCUGUAUGACUGCAUGCAGGCGCUGGGCGUCAUCUCCACCAUCUCCCUGUCCUGGUUCCUCACGCUCUUCCUGUCCGUCAUGCCCUUCGAGAGCGCUGUGGUGGUGGUUGACUGCUUCUUCUACGAGGGCAUUAAAGUCAUCUUCCAGCUCGCUUUGUCUGUGCUUGACGCUAAUAUACAUCAACUGCUGAGCUGUAAAGAUGACGGAGAAGCCAUGACUAUACUGGGCAGGUAUCUGGACAGUGUGACUAAUAAGGACAGCACUCUUCCACCAAUCCCACAUCUCCACUCUCUUCUCACUGAUAAUGGAGAGCCUCAUCCUGAGGUGGACAUCUUUAAACUCGUCCGCAGUUCAUAUGAGAAGUUUGGCUCCAUUCGGGCAGAUGUGAUUGAGCAGAUGCGCUUCAAACAGAGACUGAGAGUGAUUCAGGCCAUUGAAGACACCACCAAACGCAAUGUGGUGCGCACCAUCGUGACAGAGACGGCCUUCAGCAUUGAUGAACUAGAGGAACUCUACUCACUCUUUAAGGCUGAGCAUCUGACCAGCUGUUACUGGGGCAGCACCAGUAACCCCAUGAGCCGUCAUGACCCGAGCCUGCCUUACCUUGAACAGUACCGCAUGGACCUGGAGCAGUUCAAGGGGCUGUUCGCUCUGCUCUUUUCCUGGGCCAGCGGCACACACACUGAUGAUCUGGCCCUGCGGUUCUUCCGUCUGCUGGACCACAACGCAGACGCACUCAUAAACUUCAGAGAGUUCAUCAAUGGCCUGAGUGUGAUAUGUCACAGUGACCUGACGGAGAAACUCAAAUUCCUGUACAAAAUGCACGUGCUUCCAGAGUUGCAUCAUGAGCAGGAGGAGCCGGACUCGGCCUGUGAAGCUACACAGUAUUUCUUUGAGGACAUCACACCUGAGACAUCCAGUGGGCACGACCCCAAGAACAAGACUGAGAGGGAUGAUGGUUUUGUCAGAGUCACUUUUAAGAACGAAAAAGUGAAGAAAAUGCACACUCCAGAUUACCGUACGUACCUGCGCUUGUGGAACCAGGAGACCAAAUCAAAGCUAGAGAACAUAAAGGAUCUUCCCAAACUCAACCAGAGUCAGUUCAUCGAGUUGUGCAAGACUCUGUAUAACAUGUUCAGUGAAGACCCCAAUGAGCAGGAGCUCUACCACGCCACAGCCACGGUCACCAGUCUGUUACUGGAGAUGGGCGAGGUAGGAAAGCUCUUCUGUAGUCCCGCUAGUAAGGAUGAUGAUGAAGCCGAUGACGAAGAGGACGAUCAGAUCCCAGCUUGCAGAAGGAAACACCAAAAAGAGCAUUGCAAACCCUGCGUCUAUCCACUGGGUGUUCCAGGCGAUGCCGAGAUAAACUCCUGCAUCACGGGACCCUUGGAGGACAUCAAACUAGAGGACUCGUCACCCAAAGACACGGCUACAUCGUCCGCCAUGCUCAUCUCAGACGACGAGACCAAAGAUGACGCAUCCAUGUCGUCGUACUCCGUCCUGAGUGCAGGAUCGCACGAAAUGGACGAUAAACUUCAGUGUGAGGACAUCGCGGAGGAUACGGUACUCAUACGCAACAGUGAGAGAGCAGGGCAUCAUGGGACAGGGGGUCUGCCUCACAGCGCUAGCAUCGAUAAAGACUGGGCCAUCACCUUCGAGCAGUUUUUGGCCUCUGUGCUCACCGAACAAGCCCUGGUGCAGUACUUUGAGAAACCUGUAGAGAUCGCUGCGCGAAUAACUAACGCUAAGAACGUUCGGAAGGUGGGACACCCGCACGUGUCCAUCAGUGAUUAUGAGAUCUCGCUAUCUGGCUAACGUGGUAAAUACAAACAAACUCGAAACUUUAUCUGAACUUUGAGGUUUAAACGAAUAGUUCAAGCAAAAAUGAAAUUGAUGUCGUCAUUUACUCACUUUGUCUUGUCGCUACAAACCUGAAUGACUUUCUUUGUGGAACACAAAUGAAGUUAUUUAGCCGAAUGUUCACACUGCUCUUUUCCAUACAGUGAAAGUGGAUGGUGACCAUGGUUGUCUAGCUUAAAAAAUGAGAAAAAGCACCAUAAAACGAUCAUAAAAGUAGUCCAAACGACUUGUGCACUGUAUUUCAAGUCAUUUGAAGCCGAUAGUUUAAAAAACAGGAAAAAAAAAAAUUAUUAUUAAGUCAUUAUUCACUGAAAAUUUUUACCUACAUCAUAUCACAUUAGCACUUGCAUUCAGAUGCCACCUCUCGACACGUUUAUAUGUUUUCAAUUGACCGCGAGUACGAAUGAGAUUUGAAAGGGAAGAUUUUCAGCAAAUAAAAAAAACAAUUAUGGAAAAGCACCAUAAAAGUAGCCCAUACAACUCGUGCGCUAUAUUCCAAGUCUUCUGAAGAAAUUUCAAUAGAUUUGUGUGCGAAACAAAUCACAAUUAAGUUGUUAUAUGCUGAAAAUCUUCCCCUUCGUCAUAGCUCUUAAAUCUCGCUUUCGCACAUUUAUGUCAAUGAAUGUUUUCAUUUUACAGGAAUUACGUCUGAGAUUUUAGAACUACUAUGAAGGGUGGAAGAUUUUCAGUGAAUAACAGGUUUAUAAUUUCAGUCUGUUCCUUUAACAAAACUAUCAUAUUGAUUCAGAAGACUUUGAAAUAUAGCGCAAAAGUCAUACAGGCUAAUUUAAUGAUACUUUAUGGUGUUUUUUUGCCAUUUUCGGAGCAUAACAGCCCCAGUCCCCAUUCACUUCCAUUAUAUGGAAAAGGGCAGUCUGGACAUUCUGCUUAAACUUCUCCAGGUUUGGUUUUUUUCGAGGGUAAGUAAAUGAUGACAAAAGUGUUAUGCGAACUAUCCCUUUAACUAAACUUGUUAUUCUUUACCUACAGUAAGUAAUGUAAAUCUCACUCAUUUUCUCCUGUGGAUCUCCACUUAAAUCAGUGUGAAACAUCAAUGUCUUCAUGUUUAUAUGAGCUUGUUAUGGAAUGGACCGUAAUGACUUCUCCCGCAGGGUAAAUCUUUGAUCUUUGCUGGUCACUUGGUGUGAUAGUAAACCUUUUAAUGAUGUAACAAACAGAAUGACUGACCUUUUUACCUGUACAAAGACUGAAAACUGAAAGGACCCGUUCACCUGUUGUAUACUACGAUGUGUGUACUUUAUAUACAGAAAUGAUUACUAAUAGUAUCUAAUAGUUAGACAGUUUAUCAGAGUAAUCGUAUCUAGAAUAGCUUACAAAUCCUGAUUGGGCAAAACAUGCCUGAGUCCUACAAGAAACUAGUACAUAAACUUUGCAUAAUGCUAGCGUGACUGCAUUCACAGGGAUAGUCGAGGGUCCAGAUGAUAGCCCUCUCUUUAGAAAGGACUUAAAAGGAAUAGUUAGUUCACUUGAAAAUUCCUCAGUGAUACACAAAAUGAGAUGUUAGGCAAAAUGAUCAUUCAGCUCUUUCCCUACAAGGAAAGCGGAUGCCAAAUAGUAGCAUAUACAACUGAUAUAUUCAAAAUCUUCUGCAGCCAUAUGAUAGAUUUGUGUGUGGAACAGACCAAAAUAGUAAGGAUUUUUGGGUGAACUAUUCCAAGAUGUCUGCUGCUGGAAUUGUUGGAUCAUCAUUUAAAAGAAGCCAUGCAACUAAAUCCAUUUAUAAAAUCGACAAAUUUCUCUCUUUUUCAGCUCUAUUCUUUGCACAUGCACUUUUGGUUUUUCUUCUACAUAGAAAAUGAGGAUGUUUGAUACCUAGAAAUGUUUAAAUAUCAGACAUUUAGGCAUUCUCUAUGUAUAGUAUAUAUACAUACUAUAUAUACUGAAGACAACGAUCGUGUACAGUUUUUAAGUUAGUGUGUAUUAAACAGUAAGAGGCAUGUGGCAUGUCUGUUCAUCUUGUAAGCUCUGUUUUUUUUUUUUAUUUAAAACUGUUUUUUAUGUCAUUAUUUUAUGCUGCUGUUUUUUUAAGUGUACAAUUUAAUGUGAAAUGUUACAAUUGACCUGUAAAUGAUUCGGACCACUACCAGUAAUUAAAAGUAUAUAUGGAA